AUGCACAGAGACUUGACGCCUGUGCCGUAUGUCCAGUGUCCUGUCACAAUGCCGGCUGUCACUGGACAAUGCACCCCGACAAUCCGCAACCCACAACCCGCAACCCACAGGACCCUAUCUCCGUCUCAUCACACAUUUGGCCCAGCAGACCAACCCGAGGCCAGAAUCGACACCUGCUUCACGGCCGCAGCAAACUUUGUCGUGCAGGAUCGCGAGAUGUGA